UCUAGUCAGGUUGAAUCUGGAGUGUCUGGAAGAAAGACUAAACUCUUGACAACUUAAACCUCAUUUAACCGCUUUUUAUUUUACUUGCGGAUUGUUUCUUGGAUGUGCGUGGUCUGUUCUAACCAGCGUAGUAAUUUGGUUAAAUCGUGGCACCGCUGAAAUUGAAAAGGUGUUGUGAUAAGGCUGUCCGCUACAUUCGGAUUAUUUCGCUGAGGUUUUCACUCCUGGUAGAGACUGAAGGUGCUGGGUUGUGGUUUCGUUUAUUGCCAUACAUACGGUAGACAUGAGUCGGUAUUAUGAGCCUGUCAUAUGGCACCAAAUGGGCACAAAGGGCCACUCGGUGUAUCAUCCAAGAACGUUCGCCAUGCCGGUCAGACGGCACGGACCUGUUGUAGCCGCCCCCAGAUAUAGCAAUUACUCCAAUGUCCGCCACGACUACGCCAUAGACGACAGCAUCCACAGGGCGGACUACCUUUCGAACGCUGUCCUUGAGGACACCUACGAGGCCGCCACCCGCUCCCGUGGCAAGGACAAUGAACUCUUGCGGAGUGUCAAUGCCGCCAUUAGGCCGUCUAGUAGUUCACGAGAUAGCACCCCCACACGGAUCAGCCGGCCAACCAAGCGCCUCCAAUCCCUGCCUCCAGUGGACAUCAAACCCGUCUCAGCUGUAGUGCCGUACCGCAACGCCGAGAAAAUCAGAUCCGCUCUGGCAUCAAGCCCGCCCCCGACGUCCCUGCUCUCGUCUAGAAUUGACUCUUACCUUAGGGGAUCUUCCCUCCCACCGCGGCCAUUUCCCAGAGACAUUGCCUCCAACAUCUCCUACACUUCCUACCUGCCCCGCUCCAGCAGUCCCAGCAACAUCCGGUCACUGGUACCCUACACAUCGGCUCUCUCGGACUCUGGGAGAGACUACAGCCCGUCCUACAGAUCCACCUCGCCCUACAUCUCUAGAGCCGAGGCCAGCAGCGACUACGACUAUGCUGGCAGCGACGAUGAAGAUUACGAGCCCGAGUCUUACAGGCGGAAGUACAGGAUCAUCAGGUCGCCCGUGAGUAGUUCCUACCAUAGAGCUGGCUCACCCGAUGGUAGUGAAGACGAGUACUACGAUGCUUCUGAUUCGUUUGGAACCUACUCUUGUCCUCGGCCGUCCGGCAUUUCUCCUCUGAAGUUGAGCAGCUACGACGGAGAAUACGACGGCUCCUAUGAAGCUGAUAUGGCCGAGAUGUAUGACUAUGUUCCCUUCGGUCCGUCGAGGCACGGAAUUCUGGAGUUGACCCACGAAGACGACAGCCCUCUACCCUCAUACACAUCUAGCCUGCCCCGUCUGUCCCCACCACAAAGCUCCCUCCCCAGAGUUACAGUGCUGCCAUCCUAUUCAAGGAGUAGUGACGUGGCGCUCCCCUCCCCCAGCACCCACCCCCUGCUAGACUCACUAGUAUCAAGCACCGCGGCCAAGGCAAGAGCAGUCCUGGCCAACUCUAAACUCCCCGAAUACAAGAACGCCAGCCUCGUACUCAGUGUUGAAGGCAGUGCCGUGUCAGAAGAUGGUCAGAACCGCUAUGGGUUUAGAUACUACCCUCCACCCAUUCCGUUAAGGGGAUCACACAUCGGAUUAGAUGAGAGAAUAUUAAGCAUCGCACCCAAGGAUGUCAGCCCGGCUGAUUCAUUUUUAUCAAAGUACUUAAAUAGACUUCGUGACAUCCGAACCGAUAUCAGGGACCACGUCAACAGGGGCGACUACGCUCGUGGUCACAGCGUCGCCACGGUCAGCAGCCCAUCGCCCUACGUCCAUCGCACCGUCACCAUGCCCGUUCACAUCUCUGGGCGCGCCCACAGCGUGCCCGUCUCCUCCUACCGCUCGCGACUGGACGGCGGUCAGCACCACCACGUCGACGUGUUCCCGCUGGUGGUCAGCGAGACAAGUCUGCCGUCUGACAAGAAGCUGCACCUGCCCGUCUACAGGGCCGGCGGCGAUAGUGGAUCCCCCACCAAGCUUACUGUGUUAGAGAAGAUUAAUAUCAAGGCGGCAAUUAUCGGCAGUAGGAUGGAAGCUGACGGUCCCAAGAGGCAGAGAAGACCCCGCUCAGAGUUCGCGGCCAACAAGCUCCGGGAGCUGAAGAGAGAUGAACUUGAGGAGGGGAUUUACUACCGCACGCCAAGCACAGGCGCGCUCCAUGCAUCCAGACCACCUUUGCCCAAACCCACCGACAGAAAAGCUAUCAGAGAUGUUGACGGUUUCACAAAACCCAAAAAUCUGUUAUCUUGGCAGUACCGUGUUGAGUCAAGGUUGUCCCCCGAUGAUAUAAUUUAUGAGCCUUCCAGUUUUAUCCGCAUGAGAGAGCGGGUCAAGGACGUGCAGGAGAAGAUGGACCGACAGCGCCAGUUGCUGGACAGAUAUCUGGACAGCGACUUCAAGAUUGCACCCAACCCUUCCCAAAACAGUGAAGGAAGGAGCUCGGUAAAAAUUCCUGCAUAUUAUGCUGCCGGCGGCGACCCAGACAACAGACCCGUGUCUGAUCUACGCCGUAGGAUAAGGAGGACCCUCGCCAAGUCCAAGAACAACCCAGACUACUUCAGGGACUAGCUCAACAAGGGCGCUAACUCCAGCUGCCACAGACACGGGAGGAGAAAAUAUAACUUCUAGAAAAUAUUAGUCAAUUUUUUGUGUUGAAAAGGGCGACAACUUGAAAAAUCUCCGCUUCAAAUGGUCACCUCGAGCGUCCAGGACGUACGCAAGCUUCUGCUGAUCUUGGGUGUCUGCUUUAUGUCGAAGGUUGAACAGCCGCACUUUUAAAUGUCUGCUAUAGACAGCUCUAUCGGAUAAAUGUUUAUUUUUCAGCCUCUGGAAAGUUUGUUUUAUGACAGGGUUCAUUCGUGUAUUUGUAUGUACAUUAAAAUUGCAAUGAAAUUUUGCUGUUUCAUCAGGUAACUUUAUAGUUACCUGAAAGCAUUUUUUUUUCACAUUUUGAAAUCUUACAUGUGUUAAAUUAUAAAACAUUUUUUCCACAUAAGAACUCAAAUUAUAACAUGCUAUAAAUGUAUAUUCGGAUAAAAUAAUAAACGAUUGUUAUCUCAUAAAUAAAUGUGAUAGAUUGGGCAUUGAAAUACACGUAAAAUACUUAAUUUAAUUUAAACAGAAAAUGAUAAAUAUACCUUAUUUUUCUAACACACUAAGCGCAAAAGAGCAAAAUACACCGUGGUGUAACAUACGUAUGUUUUGUUAAGUUUCGAUAUUUAUUUCAUUCCUUGCUUUCUCUUGCUUCGAAAAUUAAAAACAAACUGUUGUUGAUAUUGGAUGUAUUGAAUCUUGUAUGGUCGAAAUACUAAAUUAUUUGAGUCUAUAAAUAGACAUCUACUUUUAUAACUAAAAUUAUAAAAUCAAAUUCAAAAGAACCUUGUUAUACUUAUAGAAAUGGAUGCUCUUUUCGCCAUGUAAGCAUGUGAAUUUUGUAUAUUUAAAGCGAUGAAUUCAUGUUUUGUGUUUGCCGAUUCACUCUCUAUAAUCUCGCACCCAAAAUGUCGCGUUCAAAAAUAAUAAUUUGAAUACUUGUCCUCCUGUGUUUGCGGCCCUAGUGUAUAGAUGUAUUCAUUAAUUAAUUAAUUUACCAAAAAUUGUAAAUACUCAUUCUGCUAAGGCUGUGAAGGUUAACCCUCUGUGUAAAGUCAUUGAAUUUGAUCUAGACUUUAGGCCUCAUAUCAGCUAUACUUAAAUAUUGCCAGUAGCAAUACAUACUCUAUUAAUAGUGCACUUAUUAUCACAGUUACCACUAUUUAAUUAUAUUUUAUUUUAAUAAAAUGUACAUACUAGCUAUUUAUUAAUGUUUUUUGAUAGCACAUAACUAGGAGAACUUUUUUUUUCUAACCAUUUAAAAAAUAAAAUUUUGAUUCACGUUUUCUCAACUUAGACUUUGGUAAUUAAAAAACCAAAAUCCGUCAUUCAGCUUUGUAAUAUUGUGUGUAAUUUUACUUUAUUGCCAUUUAUUAUUUAUUAUUUUAAAAAUAACUUGUAUUGAUUUAAAUUAUAGUGUAUGAGCUUUUUACCCAGAUUGUUUGCCUCCAAUGAAAAACUGGAUUGUUUGCAAUCAUGAUUUUGAUCUGUACAGGCGUUACUGUGAGAAGCAGUUGUAAACUUUUAGCAGCUUUUUUGUUGGUUUGGCCUUGGGUGCGAUGUUUUUUUUUAAUCAAUUUCUUUUCUUCAGUUUAAGAUACGGAGUACUAGUCCGCGUAGUCUUGCUUUUUACGUGUCCAACUUGAGGUAAUUGGUAGAACCCCGUUCAGAAAUUGUGCCUUCUUUCUUUGAAACGAUACACCUUUUUCUGAUUUAUCAAUAGGAAUACAAAUAAAACUGCAAUAUCUGCAACAAA